AUGGUCAAUGGAGGUGCUGAGAAAAACAGAAAAACAUUAGAUCUAAGCGAAUUAAAAGAGAAAACAGCAGAAGAAUUGUUAGUGUUAGCUGAAGAAAGAAAAAUUUCAACUAACGGUAAAAGCAAUGGUAGAAUGCUAAAGCAGGAAAUGAUAUUCAGCUUAAUGAAGAAAAUGAGCGAAGAAGGAGGCAUAACCACAGGGAGUGGAAUAGUGGAAAUAUUGCCUGAUGGUUUUGGUUUCUUACGUUCAGCAAGUGCAAAUUAUGCCCCAAGUACUGAUGAUGUUUAUAUUUCUAACGGGCAAAUAAAGAAGUUUAAUUUACGUACAGGAGAUAUGGCAUGUGGAGAAAUAAGGCCACCUGGUGAUAAAGAAAGAUAUUUUACUUUAACUAAGGUUUAA